AUGGAGGAGGAGGCUGUGAGGCAGAGGAAGAUGCCUUGGGCCCCCCAGGCAGGCCCCGAGCUGAGGACGGAGAGCCCAGAGGACAAAUCCCCCCGGCAGAGCCUGGUGGGAGAGGCCGUUUUGAAGGGCUCCACGGCGCAGGAAGGCAGCGGGGAGGAAAAGGUCCGGAGAUCCCCCCGCAGGAGGGGCUCCAAAGCCAGCCCAGGGUGCUCUGAGGAGGAAAGACCCAGCCUGGGCCUGGAAGGCGGCCGGAGCUUGAGAGGGAGCUCUGACCUGGUUGUCCCUGAGCAGGCUCCCAGCAGGCAGAAGCCCUUCAGGUGCUUGGAAUGUGGGAAGAGCUUCAGGAAGAGCUUCAACCUCCUCACCCACCAGCUCAUCCACACUGGGGAACGGCCCUACACGUGUAGGAAUUGUGGGAAGAGCUUCAAUAGCAGCUCCAAUCUCCACACCCACCAGCGAAUUCACACCGGGGAACGGCUCUUCCCGUGUAGGGAAUGUGGGAAGAGCUUCAGCCAGAACUCCACCCUUAUCCGACACCAGCGCAUCCACACUGGGGAACGGCCCUACUCGUGUAGGAAAUGUGGGAAGAGCUUUAGCCAGAGGACCUACCUCCGCACCCACCAGCGCAUCCACACUGGGGAACGGCGCUACAAAUGCUUGGAAUGUGGGAAGAGGUUUCAGACCAGCUCCAAUCUUCUCUUAAAUGAGCGGACACACACAGAUGAGAGGCCCUUCCGCUGCACCGACUGCGGGAAGGGCUUCAAACUGAACUCCCACCUCAUCAGGCACCAGCGAAUCCACACCGGGGAGAGGCCCUACAAGUGUGUGGAGUGUGGGAAGAGCUUUGCCCAGAGCAGUAACUUGACCUCACACCAACGGACGCACCAGUAAGGGAAGCCCUAAAAAUGCCCUGACUGCAGGAAGAGCUUUGGCCGCUGCUUCCACCCCGAAUGAACCCCCUGAUGGUGAGGCAACCCCUGGAGUCCAG